AUGCACUUCAACAAACUCUUCGCCGUCUCCGCACUCACUACUCUUGCUGCCGCCACAGCCAUUGAGCGCCGCACGGGAACGCCUAACGAACAAUGCCCGGGGCUCCAAUGCUGCGACCAGACGGGGCUAGCGUCCUCUACCUCUAUUAUCAGUGCAGUUACAGCUCUUGACCCGCUCGGGCUCACCGGGCUCCUCCUGGCAUUAUUGGGCGCGCCCCUCAACGCCCUCGUUGGUCUCAACUGCAGCCCCAUCACAGUUAUCGGUGGUGGCAACGGUGCAUGCUCUGGAGGCACCACUGUUGUUUGCAAUGACAACAGCCACGGUGGUCUGCUCAACAUCGGAUGUGUCCCUAUCACACUCUAA